AUGACGACCAUGAACCUCAGUGGCACGGUCUUAAGUAACUCACACUCAAACGAGAGCAGUUCGACCUCUAAUAUGGGAAGUAGGAACACCAUGAUGCAUUCACCAGGUAAAAGAGGCAAUGAGGAAGUCGACAGACGCCACACACCAUCCUCCUCCAUAAGCCUCGGGACCUCAAAAGCCAGUCGCAGCAACUCAUACUUGUAUCAACAGACUGAGACAGUGCCCCCACGGUCCUCGGGCAAGCUGUACCUCCAGCCCAAAGAGAUGCCCGAUUUUGGGGAAGGUACAGAUCAGAAGGUCUUACCACUACCCCCCGUACGAUCUACUCCCACCGACUGGUUUUCUCACUCACCCGACCGCAGCUGCUCCUCGGCGACCAACAUCGAUAACACCAAGGGGAACAACAAUGUAAACAGUCAUCCUCCAUGCACACCCACCUACCAUUUUGAUCGGUUUUCCCCUAACUUCAUGAAAGAGUCGGGUCAGGCAGACCCUCUCUCGCGAAUCUUUCUUGACGCUGUGGAACGAGGCGACAAAUCCACGGUUGCCCGUUGCCUUAAGUGCUCCCACCCCGUGAAUGUAAAUUGUACAAACAUGCUUGGCAGAACCGCUAUUCAGAUUGCUGUGGAUAAUGAGAAUUUUGAAAUUGUGGAGCUGCUGCUCAAAGAACCAAAUAUUCGGAUAGGAGACGCACUUCUGUACGCCGUACAAGAGGGUGUGUAUCGCAUUGUGGAGAUGCUUAUUGAUCACCAUUCCAUUACAAAAGAAAUGCUGGGGACUUCGUGGUCAAAGAAAAACAAUCUUUCAGAGGAAAGCCAUGAUUUCUCCGCAGACAUCUCUCCAGUUAUUUUAGCAUCAAUCUGCAAUCAGUUUGAGAUACUCCAGCUGCUUCUAUCCCGUGGCGCACGCAUAGAGAGACCGCACAGAUCAAACUGCAGCUGCAGUGACUGUGCGACAAUGUACAAAGAGGAUUCUUUAAAGUAUUCUCUAUGGAGAAUUAACACAUAUCGUGCACUUGCUAGUCCAGCGUGGAUUUCUCUAACAUCACCAGAUCCGAUUCUGGCAGCAUUUAAACUCUCUUGGGAGCUGAGUCAUCUAGCUUCAAGGGAGAAUGAGUUCAAAGAAGUGUUCCUACAACUCUCCGACCAGUGUAAGAAGUACGCUUGUGACCUUCUGGAUCAAUGCCGAAGCAAAGAGGAGGUUUUAGCUGUCUUAAGUCGUUCCUCGGAUGAUGAGGAUAUUGGCAUAUGUGAUGACUUGAGCAACGACGGAGGAGAGGAUGGGACGGAACAUGUGGAGAAAUCGGCUCUUCGACGAACCACUACAGUGAUACACAGACCCUCCAGACGUUGGCAUGGACGGCCUCUCUACAUAGACAAUUCUUUUGAACUCGGAGACUUGGAAGCCACUCGUCUGGAACCAAAUAAACGUCUAGAGAGCCAGUACACGAUUGUGGAGGAUUUGGCGAAUUUGGAAAGUCAUAAAGGACAAAUGUAUCCUGGGAAUGAGGAUGGGGUAAAGAGGAAGGGGGAGGUUGUUGGAGACGCUUUUGAGACUGAUUUAGACGGGAUUUAUGAUGGAGAGGAUGGAGUGGAGAAUGAAAAUGAUUUCGAAGAGAGUGAGGUGGAGCUAGAGACCCCUCCAUUGCGACUAGAUCGUCUAAAAUUGGCCAUUAAAUAUGAACAAAAAAGGUUUGUGGCGCAUCCCCACUGCCAGCACAUCCUGACGACCUUGUGGUACGACCAGCUUCCGGGAUGGCGAAAGCACCAUCCAAUAUUCAAACUACUACUAUGCGUGGGUUUCGUGAUGGCACUGCCUUUUCUCGCCCUCGUCUACCUCGUCUACCCACGUGGCUCGGUGGCGCGCAUUCUGCGCUCACCUCUCAUCAAGUUUGUGAAUCACAGCGCCUCCAUCGCUAUCUUUCUCAUCCUCCUCCUCAUCGCUUCCACCGAUGGCCAGUCUGUUAAGGCCCUCGAGUCGCGUCAAAUGACUCGCGGACCAGAUCCUAACCGCAUCGAACUUCUCAUUGCUUGGUGGGUCUUCGGUUUCGUGUGGAGCGAGAUGAAGCAGAUCUGGGAAGAAGGCUUCAAGGCGUAUGUGCGCCAGUGGUGGAAUUGGCUGGAUUUCAUAAUGCUCACCCUCUUCCUCACCACUGUGGGUCUGCGCGUUGUGGGCCUGAUUCUGCGCAAGACCCAGCGUUAUGGCUUCGACCUCGCGGGUCGCGAGGAUUGGCCUCCCGACGACCCCACACUUGUCUCGGAGGCCUUCUUCGCUAUUGCCCACAUCUUCUCCUUUGCUCGAAUCAUCUUUCUCUUCCAGGUAAACGAACACCUAGGACCCCUUCAAAUCUCGUUGGGGAACAUGCUAAUUGACAUUACGAAAUUCCUCUUCAUAUUCCUUCUUGUGAUAACUUCCUUUGCCUGCGGACUGCAUCAAUUGUAUUACUACUACUUCUCCGCGGAUAAUGAUAUGCGACCGGCUGCGUUCUCUUCCCUUCUGCGAUCCUAUCAAGCUCUCUUUUGGCAUCUUUUUGGUGUGACGCAGAUAAAUCAGUACCGCCUUCAGACAAAGGAUGCCGAGGGCAAAGUGGUCGACUUGAAAUCGGCCCAGGUGACAGUGACUGUGGGCGAGAUACUCCUGAUGAUCUAUCACGCCAUGGCCAUAAUUAACCAGGCCGAUACUGAGUGGAAGUUUGCCCGUAGCAAACUCUGGCUUGGCUACUUUGACGAGGGCUCGACUCUGCCACCACCACUAAACACCAUCGUCAGCCCCAAGUCCAUCUGGCGGUUUGGGAGAGGCCUAAUUCGCCUUCUCACCUGCUCCACCACCUUCGCCUCGGUGACCGAUGACAAAUCGAAGUCACCGUUGUAUCGUGACCAUCCGCGCCACCGACGUCGAUACAGCGGAACUGUGAAGCCGUUUCCGCCUAACCAAGCCAACUCAACCACCGGAAACAGGAGUCUGUGGUGCGACCACUCAGUGGAGCCGACUAUACGUCUUCCUAGCUCGGUAAACAAUGAAAAUUCCAAGCCCUUAGCGAGUAAUGCCACCGACACCCCAGCUGCGUUGAAGGAAGAGAACACUUCUAGCAAGAAGUCAGGAAAGAAGCAUUCAUAUCAGGCCAUAACACGCAUUUUGGUGCGACGGUACAUCCACGUGUCAAAGAAGACGAUGCGACAGGGUAUAGUCAACGAAGACGACCUUCUAGAAAUCAAACAGGACAUUUCCAGUCUGAGGUAUGAACUGCGCGAGGAUAGACAACGCGAGGUAGUGCGCUCGAUUGGUCAUUUGGAGGGUCUGAAGUACCAGCUACUCUCGGUGCUGGUGCCCCAUCACCAACAAGGGCAGGAGAAUUGUUCCACGAAGGGGUCCAGCUCCUCCUCUAGCGCUGCUUCACGACCUCCGCAGCCGCCAUCGCAUUCCGUCGGAUCUAACGAGACAGCCUCCAUCCCCGGAAUCAAGGCUCUCGGCGCACAGAUACAAGCUCUAAGUGAGGAGAUUCGGCGCAUUUCCCCUGGGCCAAACACGCCACCACUUCUGAGCGGUUUACAGGCCACAACUGCAACUAGCGAAGGUCUAAAGGGCUUGAAGCAUGAGAUCAUUGAUGAAGUAAAAGGCGAGUUGCACAGCUUUGCACGCCAAUUGAUGCAGUUUAUGAGCCAGUGCCAACAACCCAGUGGAUCCAACUCAGGGUCCGAGACCCCGGCAGCGCCAAGUGUGAGCGCCAAUGCCCCCCUUUCCACCUCUUCGCUUUCCCCACCCCGCGCACCUGCACCGGCCUCGAGCACCCCCAGCAUCAACCGCGAGCGCAUCGGCGGAGUAUCGGUGACGUACAGAGGAGGCGCAGCCGCAGGACUCUCGCUGUCCGCACCAAGACGGGCGCAACCUAGGCACCAGCGCUGA